AUAUGCAGCCAAUAAUGGUCCGCGUUCGCAGCCGGCAUUACAAAUCCAUUUGUCAACGUGUGAUUGCUUGAUUUCUUGCGCGUAAUUUUAUUGCGUUUCUUGGUUUUGCCUUUCGUGGUGCGGAUGCCGUGAUUUCACUCAAGAACAGAACAAGUCAUCAAAGUGCUGCCGUUAUUUGUGUCCCCCAAUUAACGGCGAUAAUGACUCGGAGAACAUUCUUCGUGGUGCUAGCGCUCAUUGCGCUUGCAUCUGUUGUAGGUGCAAAAAAGUCGAAAGGUGCCGACAAACCUGCAUGGGCGAAAAAAGAUGUGCGUGAUUACAAUGAUGCAGACCUAGAAAGGCUCUAUGACCAAUGGGAGGAAGACGAAGAGCCCUUGGAACCCGAUGAGCUUCCUGAACACCUGAGGCCGUCGCCAAAGAUUGAUAUGAGUAAACUUGACACUUCAAAUCCCGAAAAUAUCUUGAAGAUGACAAAAAAGGGGAAGAUGUUGAUGACAUUCGUUACAGUUAAAGGAAAUCCAACGAAGGAAGAACUGGAACAAGUCACCUCUAUCUGGCAGUCUAGUCUUAUAAACAACCACAUUGGUGUUGAUAGAUUCAUUGUUGACAGCAAUCGAGCAAUAUUUUCCUUCAAAGAUGGGUCACAAGCAUGGGAUGCCAAAGAUUAUCUUAUUGAGCAAGAACAGCUUGAAGAGAUCGUAAUUGAGAGCAAGCCCUACUACGGAAAGUUCAGCACAAAGGCAUCCCAGGCAAACAAGUCAACCAAGGAAGAGCUAUAGGUUUUUGGUUCAUCCUUGAUCUGCCAUCUGAUUGAAGUUCCUUGAAGACAGAGCAAGUCAUCAGGAAUGCCAAAACAUUCAACGUCUCUGUUCUGCUUUGUUUUUUAAACUGAGAUUUGUGUGGUUCACAUUGCUCACAUCAUCUUCUCGGCCAGUGAAUCUGUAGAGACGUCAAAACAACAGGGCUUGCAUAGCAGCAUUUAUGUUUCAGAGGAGCCAGGAGCUUCUGAAUACAGCCACAUGUCAGCUGCUCGUAAUGUCUCUAAGCAUGUAGGGUUUGACCCGUAAUUAAAUAGAGUAUUUUCUUACAA